CUUGCCAGCUCGAAAGGAUCACGAGUAGCACCAGAUGCAAUCAAUUGGACGGCAGGUGACUUAAGACAUAACACUUCUCCCAAGAUGGGUAGGAUGCCGCCACUUAUGGCAAACUCACCGGUGCGUUGAGCCGGAGCAGAUUUCAUCACAGUUGCACAGAAGCCUCUGCAAGGGCAGUCCAAUCAAACCAUCAAGGUAGUAUCCGAACUGUUCUCCUACAUUGAAAGACCUAGAAAGUAUCAAGCCAGCCUCCACACCGACAACAAGCACAGGAAUCAGAUCACAUCAGAAUGCGCCUAUCACUCCUUCUUCCCGCCCUAUUCGGCCUGCCCUCGUUGGGCCUACUCGUCAGCAGACAAUUCCCCCACCUCAUCAUUCCCGUCGACGCUGACGCCCCCGACCGCGCAUACGGCACCCAGCUGACCGCCGCCAUCACCCAACAGAAAUACACCGAAAUCUCCUUCGACAUCCCCUCCAACGACGCCUCCUACUGCCAGCUCAACUUCUUCCUCAACACCAACCGGCUCAAAGGCGCCCCCUGGUCGCUCUGGGGCCAAGCGCCCUACAAAUUCAACAUCUCCUCGCUGCCGCCGACGAUCAACAAAGACCUGGAUACCUGGAACAGCCGCCCGCAGCCGCUCAGGACGCUUGCCACGGUCACGCUGACACAUGGCGGGAACGUGACGCUGACUGGUGGCUCGGUGUAUCCGUGCUCCAAGGGCCAGGUCGCGCAGUUUUUGCUGCAUCCGGCGAGUGAUGAUCGCGAGUUUGGGUUGUCGUGGUUUGAGUUGGAUUAUCCGGCGAGUGAGGGCGGGCCGCAUGGGAUCACAUUUGACAUGAUGAAGUAG